AUGAUUCCCGUUUGUGAUCGAACCGUUCGCGGUUCUGUCAACAUGGUCGACAUUCAUCGAAAAGAGUCAUGGGUUUCAGUAAGUGGUAAAUGGACUCGAAUGUCGGUUAUCGUGGUCAUAUUUUUUAUCCCAGGUAACCCCGGAAAUGACGGACUUUAUGUCGAGUUUGGACGAAGAUUAGUUCGUAAUCUAGUAGCUAGAGAAGAGCGACUAGGUGACCGAAAACUGCAGUAUUUAUUCUACACGAUUUCAAAUUUGAAUCAUGUUCUUUUACCUCCGCUUCUCAGAGACGAUGCAGGGCAAAAGUUCGAUGAAAGAUUUUCACUGAGCGACCAAGUCCAACAUAAGCUGGACUUUGCAAGAGAAUAUCUCCCUCGAGGGCUCCGUGUGUAUAUGAUCGGCCACAGCAUCGGCUCGUACAUGCUAUUGAGUAUUUUGCCGUAUAUUAAAGACGACUUCAACCUCAAAAAAUCAGUUUGCUUGUUUCCACGGCUUGAAAGAGUCUCCGAAAGUCCCCACGGCAUUCGAUUAAAGAAAGUUAUAAGCACAUUGACAACGAAUGACUGGCUAGCGAAGUCAAUUUCAUUCUGGCUUGAUGUUCUUCCUGAAAGAACAAAAAGAUGGCUGAUACGGGUUAAUUUGACGCAUGACAGAACAUCACCAGAAAUUCUCAACGCUAUAAGUGAAAUAAUGCAUAUGCACAUUUUUCGGAAUAUCAUUCGAUUGUUCAAUGAUGAAUUGGAAAAUCUGGGACCUUUGGACGAGAAUUUACUGUUUCACAAAGAGAUGAUUUAUUUUUAUUAUGGCACAAAUGAUGGAUGGUGUCCUCUUGUUCUUGGCGAGAAUAUGAAGAAAAAAAUGUCGCGUGGACACGUUAUUAUUGACGAUUCUGGAAUUGAACAUGCGUUUGUAUUGCGAGACUCCGGUUUAAUGGCGGAGAAAAUGCUUCAGUUUAUCGUCUAA